CAAAAAUUGAAACUCAUGAAAAUUUUGAAAAUGUAGUGGAACUUGGGCCCGUACGGCGUACCCAGUAGGAUGUUUGAAGAGUACUUGCUUUCAUUUCAUCGAGAUGAACUUCUCGAAAUCCUAGCAAAUCAAAAUGAAACAAGACAUUUUUCAAUAAAUAUAAAUUUUAUAGAAUUACUUGGACGUAAAAUUGAGUUGGCAAAAGAUUUAUUAGAUGAUCCUGAUAAAAGUCUUGAAGAAUGGGAAAAAGCAGCCACAGCAGCACAAUUGUCUCUAUUAAAACAAGUUGAGAGAAAGUUUGAAUUAAAACUUAAUGUACAUUGUCGAAUCUAUUAUUUAGCUCAUUUAGCUCGACAUUAUAUCUUUCCCGGAAAUAAAGACGUUGGGAAAUUUAUACAAAUCUCAGGAACUGUCAUGCGUUUAACGGCUGCAAAAUGUCUCGAAUUCCAACGAAACUAUGUAUGUACUACAUGUAAAACUCCAGUUUUAGUGAAAGCAGAUUAUAAUAGAAAGUAUAAUAUAAUAAAACAACCAAAACGUUGCCAAAAUCCAGAUUGUAAUAGCACAAAUUUAAUACAUUUUGGAGAAUUAGACAGUGAGAAUUGUAAAGAUUAUCAAGAAAUCAAAAUUCAAGAACAAGUUAAGAAGUUAGGAAUUGGCUCUAUCCCUAAUGCUAUAAAAGUGACAUUGGAAGAUGAUUUAGUUGAUAGUUGUCAACCUGGUGAUGAUGUGACGAUUUGCGGUAUAGUUAAAAGACAAUUCGGAGAAUUCAACCUUGGCAAGAGAACUGAAAUUGAUUUAGUAUUCAAAGCCAACCAUGUACAGGUUGACACAAACAGUUCAUUUUCUAUUUCUACUCCAGAAACUAAGAACAUGUUUAAUAGUUUUUGGGAAAAAUAUGCUCAGAAUACUUUAGAAGGAAGAGAUAUAAUCCUGAAGUCAUUUUGCACAGAGAUAUACGGUUUGUAUCCAGUUAAAUUGGCACUGGCUGUCGUGCUAGCAGGUGGUUGUCCAAUAGAAGACAUAAAUUUGACGGGUGUUAGGACUAGAUCGGAAUCCCACUUACUUUUAGUUGGAGAUCCUGGUACAGGAAAGUCACAUUUACUUAGAUUUGCUUCUAAAAUAGUCCCUAGAGCAGUAUUAACGACUGGAGUUGGUUCAACAGCAGCAGGUUUAACAGUUACUGCAACAAUGGAACAUGGGGAGUGGCAGUUAGAAGCUGGCGCUCUUGUUAUGGCUGAUGGAGGCAUCUGCUGCAUAGAUGAGUUUAAUUCUAUGAAAGAACAUGACCGCACUACUAUACACGAAGCUAUGGAACAGCAAACAAUCAGUGUAGCAAAAGCAAGUAUGGUAUGUAAACUGAACUCAAGGUGUUCAAUAUUGGCCGCCUGUAAUCCAAAAGGAAAUUUAGAUCCAACUCAACCUUUGUCGAUGAAUGUCGCUUUGCCAAGCCCUCUUUUAAGUCGCUUUGAUUUAGUCAUGUUGCUAAGAGAUACAGUAAAUCAGGAGUGGGAUGAGCUAGUUAUGGAUUACAUAUUAAAUGGUGGUACCAUUUUAUCUAAAUUGACUGAGUCUGGACUCUGGCCUAUAAAUAUUUUGCAGUCAUAUUUUAAAAUAAUAAAGAACCUUCAACCAAAAUUAACAGAAGAUGCUGAGAUAAUUUUAAGUUCUUAUUAUAACUUACAAAGAAAGUUGACAAGUAGAAAUAAAGCUAGAACUACUGUUAGAUUAUUAGAAAGUUUAGUGAGAUUAUCACAAGGUCAUGCCAGAUUAAUGUACCACGAAAAAGUCCUAGUAAUCGACAGUAUAUACGCUGUGUUCUUGGUUGAUUUCUCAAUGGAUCCCGAAUCGUCAAUAUUUAAUUUGAAUAUGCCAUCCAAUACAGUAUUUCCCCAAAGACCUAAAUCUGCAUAUCGAAAUCUUUUAGAAACGGUUUUGUCAAAACUUCAACUUGAACAAAUUUUAAAAAACGAAUUAGAUCAAUUGAAAAAUGGCGGAGAAAGAGAAGGUAUACUGCAGUCGAGAUUUUUUGCAAACGCUCAGAUUGUUGACAAAAGUGGUAGUUAUGACAAACAUGCAGAAGUAAUAGCCACAUCUAGUACAAGAAAUGAAAAUAAAGCGCAAGAACAGAAUGUAACCGAACGUGAUAGUAAAAGGGUUGUUAGUGAGGAAUAUAAUACAAAUGACAACGAAAAUAGAGACGAAGAAGAAGCAGCAGCAAAAAAUAUAAACAAAAGUGCAACGAAAUGUGAUUCUAACAAAGAUAACUCGAAGAAAAUAUUUAUAAUUCAGGAUAUAACAAUCAGGAGUGAUAAUGAAUCAAAAAAAGACAACGACAAAAACAUGAAUAUCGGUUUUGAAAACACUAGUGUCGGUAGCGAUGCCAUUACUACUAAUUCGAAAACACCCAAAUUAUCAAAAAAGAAUCCUCUGAAAAGAUUUAGUUUCAAAUCCACUAGCGUGAAUAACGACAUAAAACUGCUAAAGGAGAUUCCAAGUGUAAAUGACGGAUUUUGUGCGGAUUUGGAUUUGGACUGGGAGAGUGAAGGAGUAGUUGAAAAUAGUCAGAGUUCUAUAAAACUAAUAGAUAGUAAAAGGGUUGUUAAUAAGGAAAAUAAUAAAAAUGAUAACGGAAAUAGAGCUGAAGGAAAAGCAAAGAAUAUAGGCAGACAUGAUGCCAACAAAAAAAACCCUGAGAAAAUAAAUAAAAAUCACAAUAAAACAGUCGGGAAUGCAAAUAUGAAAGAAAAAUUACAGGUUGAAUAUAAAAGUCAUAAUAAUGAAAAAAAUGUAGAGCUAACAGCCAAAUAUAGUAGAAGCGGUAAAAAUGAAGGACAACAACAAAAUGUAAGCAAAUAUGUUACUAAAAAGGUUGUUAAUGAAGACGCUAAUAAAAAUGAUAACGGGAAUGGAGCCGAAGAAAAAGAGAAGAAUAUAAACAACAAUGCAAAGAAAUGUGAUUCCAAUAAAGAAAAUCCGACGAAAAUAAAUGAACAUCAUAAUAAAAUAGCCAAUAAUUAUAAUGAAACAGAAAUAAUUAACAAAAAACAUGAAAACGUCAAUAUCUGUUUUGGAAACACUAGUGUUAGUAGCGAUGACAUUACUACCAAUUCGCAAAAUUCAAAAUUAUCAAUUAAGAAUUCUUUGAAAAGAUUUAAGUUCAAAGCAAGUAGAGUACAAAACGACACGAAACUACCAAAGGGGCUGGACUGGAAUAGUGACGAAGUAGUUGAAAAUAGUCAGAGUUCUAUAGAUAGUAAAAGGCUUGUUAAUGUGGAUGCUAAUAAAAAUCAUAACGGAAACAGUGCAGAAGAAGAAGCAGUCAGGAUUGCAAGUAUAAAACAAAAAUCUCAGUUUGAAGAUAAAUGUGGUAGUAAUGACAAAAUUGUAGAGAUAACAGCCAAAUAUAGUAGAAUAGAAAAAAAUGAAGGACAACAACACAAUGUAAGCAAACAUGAUAUUAAAAGGGUUAUUAAUGAGGACGCUAAUACAAAUGAUAAUGGAAAUAGAAUUCAAGAAAAAGUAGAGAAGAAUAUUAAAAAUUCAAUGAAAUAUGAUUCUAACAAAAAAAAUUCGAAGGAAAUAAAUGAAAAAGAAAAACAUAACGUCAAUAUCUGUUUUAAAAGCACUAACGGUAAAAAAACUGAAUACAGUAUUAACGAUCAGAAGAAAAAAACUAUUAUCGAUGAUGACAUUACUAACAAAUCGAAAAAACCAAAAUUAUCAAAUAAGAAUUCUUUGAAAAGAAUUAAUUCCAAAGCAAAUAGUGUGAAUAAUGACAUGGAACUGUUAAAGUGGGUUCCCAGUGUAAAUGACGGGUUCUGUGCUGAUUUAGAUAUGGACUGGGAUAGUGAAGGAGCAGUUGAAGAUAGUCGGAGUUCUAUAAAACUCAUAGAUAGUAAU